AUGGCCUCCAUGUCGCAUUUAAUUGCUAAGCCAGCUCCAGCUGCCACCUUUCCUCUAUCCUCUCCGAGAACGAGCUCCGGCUUUAGGCCUCGCCGCGUUACCGUCCAGCGCGUCUCGUGCGCAUCGCCCAGAGGCGGCGAACGCUCAGAGCAAGAGGCCCAAAAGCACGACCGCCGCGAUGUCCUCCUGGGCCUCGGCGCGCUCGGUGCCAAUGCCACCGCCACCCUGAUGUCCGCGCGCCGCGCCGGCGCCAACCCCAUCGCCACGCCCGACAUCUCUUCCUGCGGCCCGGCGGACCUUCCGCCGAGCGCCAACGUGCUGACGUGCUGCCCGCCGCCCUCGAACGCGCUGCCAGUGGACUUCACCCUCCCCGACGCCACGACCUUGCCGCUCCGGACGCGCCCAGCCGCGCACUCGGUCACCGCGGACUACGUCGCCAAGUUCAACGCCGGGAUCGCCGCGAUGAAGGCGCUCCCGGCGGACGACCCGCGUAGCUUCGCGGCGCAGGCGAGCGUGCACUGCGCCUACUGCGACGGGUCGUACAGCCCCGAGGGGUUCCCCGGCGUGGAGCUCCAGGUGCACAACUCGUGGCUGUUUUUCCCCUUCCACCGGUGCUACCUCUACUUCUUCGAGCGCAUCCUGGGCAGCCUGAUCGGCGACCCCAGCUUCGCCGUACCGUUCUGGAACUGGGAUGCGCCGGACGGGAUGCGCAUGCCGGCCAUGUACGCGGAUCCGUCGUCCCAGCUGUUCGAUCCGCGGCGUGACGGCCGGCACGCGCCGCCGAGGCUGAUCAAUCUCGACUACAACGGGAGGGAGCCGAGGUUCACUGACAAACAACAGGUUGAUCACAACCUCAGGGUCAUGUACCGUCAGAUGGUAUCGCUGAGCCCGACGCCGUCGCUCUUCUUCGGCAGCGCGUACCGCGCCGGCGACGAGCCAAACCAGGGGCCAGGGCCGGUGGAGAACAUCCCGCAUGGCCCGGUGCACAUCUGGUGCGGCGACCCGAACCAGCCGGACGGCGAGGACAUGGGCAACUUCUACUCGGCCGGGUUCGACCCGCUCUUCUACGCGCACCACGCCAACAUCGACCGCAUGUGGUCCGUCUGGAAGGGGCUCGACGCCCGGAGCCACACGGAUCUCACCGACCCAGACUGGCUAGACGCCUCCUUCCUCUUGUACGACGAGACCUCCAAGCUCGUGCGCAUCCGCGCGACGAGCGUGACGGUGAAGAGGCCGGUCGCGGUACAGAGGAGCAAGGCGGAGAAGGCGUCCAAGGAGGAGGUGCUCGUCAUCGACGGCAUCGAGGUGGACAGGGAUGUGGCCGCCAAGUUCGACGUGUUCGUAAACACCGAGGACCACGCCGCGGUGGGAUCGGGCGGGAGGGAGCUCGCGGGGAGCUUCGUGAACGUGCCGCACGGGCAUGGCCACGGGCACGGGCACGGGAAGAAGGGGAGAGGGAUCAAGACCAAGCUGCGGCUCGCGUUGAACGAGCAGCUCGAGGACCUCAAGGCCGAAGGCGACGAGAGCGUGGUGGUGACCCUCGUGCCGCGGCAAGGCAAGGGUAAGGUCAAGGUCGGGGGCGUCAAGAUUGAGCUGAUGCAUUGA